GCAUGUUGCUCUUCUGGAGAAAUUUGAAGAGGACAAUGCUUACACAUCAUUGAUUGGAUCAAUAUACAGCUGUCUUUUCUCAUUUGCUGGUCCUUUUUCCAGCAUCGUAAUAAAUGCAUUCAGCUGUCGAGUGGCCGUGAUGUUUGGAGGAGUUGUAACAUUGGUCGGAUUUGGACUGAGUUUUUUUGCUGCUGUCAAUCUUAACUAUUUACUUGUUACAUAUGGAUGUGUUGCAGGUAUUGGCGUUGGUAUGAGUACGAUUUCCGCCAUAACUGUUAUUGCUUAUUUUUUCCACAAAAAGUAUGGUGUUGCAAUAGGUAUAGUAAUGAGUGGAGCUGGUAUUGGAACAUUUAUAACAGGUCCUUUGGUGCAAUAUCUUAUCAUGGAAUAUGGACUUCAAGGCACUUUCCUGUUCUUAGCUGGACUCGGAGGAAACAAUAUUGUCAUGGGCGCGUUGAUGUUUCCCUCUGAAUUAGAACAUAAACAUAAAAGAGAAUCCAAAUUAAAUCACAGCAAAGAUACAACACCUAAACGACAAUGCUGUAUAAAUUACGAUUUACAGAACAUUCUUCAUAUUGACAUUUUUUUAGAUAAAACUUUUAUGUGUUGUUGUGUUCAGUAUUGCUUAUGGAGUAUGGCUUUCUCUAUACUUAUGCUACAUUUAAUAAAUUACGCAAUAAUCCAAGGAACUACAAAUGAAGCAGCUGCAUUCCUUAUGAUAUACGUUGGUAUAGCAUCGGCUAUCGGAAGGCUAAUAUCGGGUUUUUCAGUCGGUUAUGAUGGUUUAGAUCCAGUUUUGUUAAACUUUGGAUGUAAUGGCAUACUAGCCUUAGCAACUGCAUUCUUUCCCUUAUAUUCUGACAGAUAUUCAGGACAAGUCAUAUUUGCUGUUAUAUUUGGAUUAUACUCUGGUGGCUUGAGCACAAUGAUUAGUCCGUUGUGUAUGGAUCUACUUGGGGCAAAAAAGGUUGCCAGUGGAGUCGGUACUUUAUUUUUCAUUGGUGGAGUAGGAUAUCUUGCAGGACCACCAGUAGCUGGUAUGUAUAUGACUCAUCAUAUGAUCAUUUAG